AUGGAUAAGUUAAGAUCUAUAGUCCCUACUGUUCUUAGAGACCAGGUCUCACCCUAGUAAAAAAGACUUAAAAAUAACAAAAUUUCAUCCACUAAGUACAAUGUACUAACUUUUCUACCAGUUUCAUUGCUGGUCCAAUUCACAAGAGUAGUUAACGUAUUUUAUUUGUUCAACGGUAUCCUUCAAAGUAUUCCUAGUAUAAGUACAAACAGUCCUCUAGCAACUAUAAUUCCAUUAGCUGUUGUUGUGCUACUAGAUAUCAAUACCAAAGGAAAAUUGUAAAGUGCUGAUAUUAGGGUGGGAGACAUAAUUGAACUAGCUGAUGAUUAAAUAAUCCCAGCAGAUUGUAUUUUACUAGCUACUUCUGAUGAUAAUGGCUAGUGCUUCGUCCAAACAUCUUCACUUGAUGGUGAAAAAAACUUGAAGCCCAAACUUGCUCUUAAGUUCAUUUAGGAAAAUCUAGACAAGUUGCUGGCAGAUCCCAGUAUUAGAUUUUAGGUAUAAAUAAAUGAACCUGAGAAGAAUCUCUAUAAAUUUAAGGCCCUUUUGAACUUUCAAAAUUCCAAUGAUUCAUAGCAUUUUAAUCUUGAGUUCAAUCAGUUCAUACAUGCGGGAUCCCUUUUGAGGAAUUCAAAUAAGGUAUUGGCGAUGGUAAUAUAUACAGGGGCAGAGACAAAAAUUAUUCUUAACUAAGGAUCAUACCAUUAUAAGCAGUCUUAGAUUGAAAAAUAAGCAAACUUCAUCUUGCUAAUAAAUGUCAUCAUUAUUCUAGCAGUAUCAGUAAUAAUGGCUUUUAAGAUGUAUUUUUUCAUUGAAGAAAAUGGAACUUAGAUGAGAUAUGUGUUUCCAGAAUCAGAGAUUGACUCUAAGUACUAUGCGAUAAAUGGCUUCUUUUCUUUCUAUAUAUUGAUGAACAAUCUAAUACCUCAAGCUCUUGUUAUUACAUUAGAAAUUUCGAAGGUCUGGUAUGCUAAAUUUAUGGAGGGAGACGCUUAAUUUUUAACAAUUGAUGAGUAAGAUGGUCAGUUAAGCACAUGCAGAGUUUAAAAUUUAACAUUGCAUGAAGAACUUGGAAAUGUCAACUACAUGCUUUGUGAUAAGACAGGUACUCUCACAUAAAAUGAACUUUAAUAUAAGGCAUUUGCUUGUGUUGGAGUAGAUUUUGACGAUGAAAUACAUAACAUCAAAGAGUUUUGUUAACUUAGGAAGAACAAUGAGGAUUUUUUAAACUUUUGGCGAUGCAUUUGCCUCUGUCAUGAAAUUUAAAGCAUUCAAUAGAAAACAGGAAAGACCAUUUUAUCUGGAUCAUCCUAAGACGAGUUGUCAUUACUACACAUGGCUGAGAAGUCAAAUUUUGCAAAAUUUAUCAAAAGAGAUUCUGAUACAUCAACUAUCGAAUUAGAUGGGGAAAUCGAGUAGUUUGAAAUAUUGAAAAUAUUUGAAUUCACUUCAGAAAGGAAAAUGAUGAGUGUCAUAUUAAAAAGUAGGUAAACAGGUCAGAUUUUCUUGCUUGCUAAAGGAGCUGAUGGAGCUAUGAUUCCAUUAAUUUAAUAAAAAUCACAGCAAGAUGAGGUUACUCUUUAAUACAUAAAUAACUUUGCUAAGAAAGGCUAUAGAACUCUAGUCUUUUGUAUGAGAGAACUUUUCUUUGAGUAAUUGGACCUUGAUGAUAGGUAUGGUGACUUAGAUUAGAAUGAAAUUGAAAAAGAUUUGAAACUAUUAGGAGUGACAGCAGUAGAGGAUCUCCUGUAAGAAGAUGUUGAUGUAUGCCUUAAUGAAUUCUAAGAUGCAAAUAUUAAUGUUUGGAUGCUAACUGGGGAUAAAGGUGAAACAGCAGAGGCUAUAGGAUACUCAUGUGGAUUGUUUAGAUCUAAAUAUAAAAUUGAGAAAAUUGAAGAGGAAUUUGGUUAGGAUGCAGAUCCUUUAAUCCCUGCCAUAAAUUAAGAGAUGGGACUUAUGAUAUCUGGAAGCAAGAUCACUCAUUUAAUGUCAGAUGAGAGUUAUUCAGAGAGAUUACUGGAAGUACUUAAAUUUAGUAAAGCUGUAAUUAUAUACAGAUGCUCGCCAGCUUAGAAAGCAGACAUAGUUGAUCUAGUCAAAAAGAAAUUUCAAGGAUCUAUAACCCUCGCAGUCGGUGAUGGAGCUAAUGAUGUUAACAUGAUUCAACGAGCUCAUGUCGGUAUUGGUAUAAUUGGAAAAGAAGGUAAUUAAGCAGCAUAGUUUUCAGAUUAUGCCUUGCCAAACUUCAAAAGUUUACGAAGAUUAUUAUUUUGGCACGGAAGAACAUUCGGAGUCAGAUUCUCUAACUUUGUCAAAUGGUUUAUAUACAAGAAUAGUAUCUACAGUUCUACCCUCCUUUACUUUAGUAUCUAGAAUGGAUUUUCAGGCUAAAGUUUAUAUUCAGACCUAUUUUAUUCAACAUACGAUGUUAGUUUAACUACAGUGGCUGUGGUCGCUUAUUGUAUUUUUGAUUAGGAUAUAGACUUCAAACUAACUGGGAAUGAAAAAUAACUCAAGAUUAAACUAUCUUAAUACUACAAACAUGGAAGAGAUUUAGUAAUAAGCACAACAGUGAAGCAGUAUUGGUUUUGGCUGGUUUAUGUUUUCAUUUCAAGCAUACCUAUUUAUCUGAUUUCCUAGUAUGCUUAUUAUCAUGCAAUUGUUUCCUCAGAUGGCAAAACAGAGGGUGUCUGGGCUUCAGGUUUUGCUUCUAUAUUUAUAAUGGUGCUUUCACAUCAUGUCAUGAUAAUUUUCUGUACUAGAAACUGGACAUGGAUGACAGUGGCUUUUUACAUUUUUUCAUUUAGUAUAUUUUUGCCUAUUACUGUCGCAUUUGAAAAUAUUCUAGAAGGUGGUGAGCUAUAUGCUAUUGGAUUUAGCGAUAUUAUGCAUUAACCAUAAUUUUGGCUUUCAAUUUUUGUUGCUAGUGCCAUAGUAAUAUUCCCCUACUAUAUAGUCUACAAUAUUUGGCAUACUAUUCUAUAUCCCCAGUAUGUAUAAUGA